GCUGGAAGAGUUCCGGAAGAAGAAAGCAGCAGAUUGAGCCAAGAAAGCUGGAGCUCCUGCACAAUCUCAAGCUUAUGAUGUUAACAUAGAGGAGAAAGACCUUUGGAGGAAAAACCUCUGGAGACUGAACAAGUAAGGGUUACAGAUUUAGAUGGAGUUGUUACCUCCAGUGCAGCAGGUGCAACUUUUGAAAUAUCCAGUCAAAGAAGCAAGGGAGAUCAUCUUGCCACCAAAGUUGAACACAGUGCUUCAAAAGUUGUGAAUGCUAAGCCAUCUGCUUUAAACGAUUUUACUACAGUAUUUUUAGAUAUAGGUCAGAGAAACACUGAGAAUAAUGAUCUGGCUAGAUCUGAUGCCUCAGGCGUAGGGAGGGACGAUGUUAACAAGUAUGGUCUGACAAAUUCGAUACGUGAUUCUAGCACCCAUGCUUCUGGCCGAGGGGUACUACCAGAUGGGAUUCUUGCUGGCCAGUCUAAGAAUCCACAGGCUGCCCAGGGUUUUGAUAGUAGUUUCUCCCGUUACAAACAUUCCGGGACAGAUGUGUUCCAACAAGAAGAAUAUAAAAGUUAUUCAUGGGAUUUUAUAGUUACAAAUCCUGGUUCUCAAACAUCUUCUCUUAACCAGAGUUCUAUCUUCUCGAAAUCAGAAGCUAAGCCUAUUGAUAGCUCAACCUAAUACCAACUUGAACGUAGGAGGUUCAGGUGACGGAGUUGAGAAAGAUGUGCGUGGAACAUUGCAGACUAGUGAUUCCACAAUUUCAGAAUUUGGGAAACGUGAUUUUAAAAGUUUGGCUAGCUGGUUUCCUGGAGUGCAUGGUGAUUCUACUAAAUUGUCUGAAUCCACAUCUAAUUUAGGUGUCAAGAAUUCCUCGAAUCAUGCAUCACUAUAUGAAACUAAUUCCAGGAGGUCUCGUCCAUCUUUCCUAGAUUCUAUUAACGUGGCAAGGCCUACUCUGGCAUCUCCAUUCUCACAAAGCAAACCAUAUGAAUCUUUCAUUCCUGUUGCUACCAAUUCAAAUGGUACAGAUGUUCAAGGGCCAUCCACCCUUACUAAGCCAUUUGUGGAGACUGAAACAGGACCUUUCUCAAACUCCAAGCCAUCUAGUGCAACGAAUGUGUAUGAAUAUUCAUGAAAGUCUACAAUAUCCUCUUCCAAUGUGAUUGAUGUACCAAGAUCAUAUACCAAUGACAAUAACAUAGAGGGAAAACAUGAGUUUUAUGCCCCUCAACGAAAUGAAGAUUUUUUUAGCAUUGGAACAGAGAGGCACUGUCAACCAACUAAAAUCAGAGAUGGAGAAGUUACAAGGAGAAAUCAGGGCCCAUUUGGCACUCAUACUGAGGUCUAAUGAGCUUAAGCUGGAGAUGGAACUUGAAAACUCACAUGCUGAGAUUGCUUCUAGCAAAAAGAAAAUCUCCAACCUUGAGAGAGAACGCCUAGAUCUACAUUCAACUAUUGAUGCUCUUCGGGAAGAGAAGAAACUUUUGUUAUCUAAACUAAGGAAAUCUUCAACGAGUGGAAAAUCUAUUGAUGCCGGAAAAAGUACCACUGUUAAAAGGGAUAUGUUGACAUCUACUGAAGACUUAGAAGUCUUUCCAGAUGCUUCAGAUCAGGAAACCUUUGACGCGGCAUCACUUCCCGGAAGUAAUGUCCCUAUUUCUUCUGUUUCGCCUGAAAUUGGACAGCCAAACGAUGGGAUUUCAUCUCCAUCCAUUCCUGCCGAUCAGUAA